UGAGUUGCUAAAACUGAUCAGUGAUCAAUUGUGUUAAGGAAUGUCAAGCGUUAGCUGUGAAAUUAAUUAUUGAAUUGAAAUUAAUGAAAUCUGAUUUAGUUCUCAUGAAUGUAAUAAGGAAUUACAUUGAAUAUUAUCAUGAAUGAAAAUAAUUCUUAUAAUCCCUAUACGAAUUCAAGUUAUCAAAACUCUGCAUAUCCUCAGUAUGCUCAGAAUUAUGGAAGCUCAUACUACCAGGGCUAUGAUACAAGUCAAUAUAAUAAUAUGAAUUCAUCGAAUGCUCAUGGAGAAUAUUCUUGGAGUAUACCUCAGCAGCAACCUCAAAGUAAUUUGAAUGCACCAGAAGGGAACAAAAAUGAUGCAGUCGCUAAUGAAAUGAAGCAGCAGAAAGCCCAGUUGCAUAAACAAAGGGAAGAUUAUGUCAAGAAAUUGUCGGUUUUGCAGAGGGAGCUGGAACUAUUGAGAAAUCAGAAACAUGAACUGUUGGGCAGUAGGUCUCCACCUCGGGAUCUGGAUGCCAUUGUGAAAGAAAAUGGUAAACUACAGGAUGAGAUACAGACGAAAAUGAAGGCUAUCAAAAAUGUGAUCGAAAUGCUCUCGAGCAUCAUAAAGGACGGUUUGAGCCUAACUGAUUUGGAGAACCAACUGAGGGAAGAUAGUCCCAAGGAGAAGAGCAGCAAAUCGCCGACACCUCUUUUCAAGGAGACCAAUACUCAGUACAAUUACGUUCAUUACGAUCCUGAAUUGCAUUGGUGCAGAAUGUGUGAUAAAUUUCCGAAAACCGCCAAGGAAUUCCUACUCCAUCUGCAGAGCAAGAAACACACGGAGAACAUUCAAGAUAACGAUGUUGGAGAUAACAAUCCGUGGCAUAAACUUCCACCAGAACCCGAGCUACCUCACUUUGAGGGUGCUCAAAAAAAACGCAUUCCUAUCAAAGGGUUGCAGUUUUUUAUUUCCGCACCUUCUUGGUAUUGUAAACUCUGCGAUGUGUGGAUCGGUGAUUUGCAUUGUGCCUCUCAGCAUUUGAAAUCUCAAGUGCACCUUCAGAACUACCAGAACUUCGUUGAACAGAACCCUCAUUGGGAGAUGGAGUGGUUGAAGGACAGGGAAAAAGCACUGUCGAGAACCGAGAAACGUGGUUCGGACUCAGAUGAAUCAACAGGAACCAAGAAAAAGCGGAAGAGGAAGGAAAAGAAGUUGUUUGAUAUGGGAUCAAAGGACAAGAAGAAAAAGAAGAAGAGUAAAAAGCACAAGCGUCACUCCAGCGCCUCGAGUUCAAGCUCCAGUUCGUCGGAAUCUUCGAGCGAAGAAGAAGAGGAAGAGGACAAAUCUCGUAGCAUAAGAGUAGCUAUGAGGAACGUUAAGGCUGAAUCUAUACUGAAGGAGGAUCUGACGGGCAAAUGGGAGAUGCUGGGUAGAUUGAUGGAGGAGCAUAAGAGGAAGGCUCAACAGGAAGAAAAGAUUGUCGUUGAGACCAAACAGGAGGUUAAAAACGACAACCUGAUCAACCAAUGGAUGACCAUCAACGAGCCCCCAGAGAAAGAGAAGUAUCUGUUGGACUCUCUGAAGGACAGGAUGAAACAAAAGCAUACAUUAGAACAGGCGAAAUAUUUGGAGUUGGAAAAACGACAGAAAGAGAGGGAAAUGAGAGAAAGGGAAGAGUUGGAGAGAAAACAGCGCGAAGAGAAGGAAGCUUUCGAGCAAAGGGAAAGAGAAAGAAAAGAACAGGAACGAAUCGAAUAUGAACGUAUAUUGGAUAAGGAUAGGAACCAAGUUAAAUUCAAACAGUCCUAUAGGGAGAAACAACACUAUAGAAGAGCCAGUCCAUCUUCUAGCCCUGAACAUCAUGUCAGGGAGAGAAAUGUCCCUAGAGAAAGAGAACACGAUAAAAGUAAGAGAGGAGGCAGGAUCAGUGAAUCCCCUAAAAGGAAUAGGUCUCCUAAACAAAGUCCGAACAAAUUCAAAAGAUAUUCGAGAGGAAGGAACAGCCGUUCCAGGUCGAAGAGUAAGGAAAGGACGUCGUCCGAUCGCCGAUCUCAAAAACCCGAUGUGAAGUCCUCGCAGAAGAAGCCGCCGGGUCCACCGUCGUACAAGAAGUUCCCCUUCAUCGGGAGGAUGCCCCUUUUCAAGAACAAGAAACCGGAGGAGAAGGUUGAGAAGGAGAUCCAGAAGGAGGAAUACGACAAGCCCAGGGUGACCAGGUUCGAACCUGGCGGCAACCUGUCCAGGGCCUUCAUACCAGACCCGGCCGUGGUCUGUUUCCCGAAGCUUUCCUCCUACCCUGAGUUGUGCCUACCGCCACCCGCGCCGCUCAAACCGCCACCUCCGGCCCCUAAGAUAACCCCGAAACCGGUCAAGGCCCCGCCGCCUCCCAAACUCGAGGAGCCCAAGGAAGAGAAGCCUAAGCAGAAGGCGAAGGAGGUUAUACCCAUACCGGAACCAUUUAAGAAUGAGGACUUCGAUCCAAAUCUCUAUGAAGAUCCAAGACAUUUAUGGGAGAACAUCGACAAUGGUUAUGCCCCGAUGUAUCCUCAAAUGUAUACAUCUUUUUCUGAUCCUAUAGGAUCUUCUGAUACCGUCCCAAUUUCCCAUAUGAUGCCACUUCAGCCACCACCACUUCCACCUGCUGAUGACGAUUUGGCUUUGCUUGGUAUUAGUGCAGACGAUAUGGCUGCUCAAUCUUUUUAAAUUUCAGUUGUAAUUAUUACUUGUUGAUAUGAGUGAAUGGAACACAUCUAUAUGUAAAAAUACAGAAUCUGCAACCUUCAA